AUGAUGCGGUUCCGUUUUUUGUGUUCCAUACGAACAGGUGCGAUACAGGUUAAUGCGUAUGGUACGGUCGUUCUUGAGCUGGUCGACGGGAAACGGUGUGGUUCUAGGCGAGCGUUUUCGGCGAGCGUGGCGGGUACGUCCGAGAGCCGGAUGUCCGGUGUACGUGCGAUGUGUGCGGUCGGCGAGCGGAGCGGUUCUCGACGAGACAGGAAGUCAUUUCACUGUCUCGGAAGUCGAAAUCACUAA